AUGGCUGCGGCCACACCAUCGCCCGCUGCGAAUGAUAGGAAAAGCUCCAGUACCCCCGCGUCCCCCGUGGAGUCAACUACCUCACAACCGACAGGUGCCAAACGGAAACGAACAGCAGAGCCCAAGUUCUAUGCGGUGAAGUUUGGAUUUCAGCCUGGCGUUUACCAUACGUGGAAUGACUGUUUAACGCAGGUGACAGGUUUUAAGGGUGCUGUUUUCCAAUCGUUUCCUACCCUCGAUGAAGCGAAUGCCUUCCUAACAGGAACCCAAACCGCUACGGCGCCUGGAAGCACCUCUACCGGCUCAAAAUUUUACGGUGUACAACGGGGGCGAAAACCGGGUGUAUAUACUGACUGGGCAGUGACACAGGAUCAGGUGCGAGGAUUUCGGGGACCGAAAUAUCGCAAGUUCGCUACUUGGGCUGAGGCAGACGCUUUCGUUCGACAAGGCCAACAGACGCCGGUAGUGAUGCCAUUGGCGGGGGAUGCAGAGCUUAGCGCAGAUCCUUCCUGGAAGAUGAACCUACCUGGUGCUCCUGGCCUUACCUCGGAACGUCCGACCGACGCAGAUGGCAACGAGUACCCACCUGGGCUGGGACCCUUGCCCCCGGGUGCAGUUGACGGAUUUGACCCAAACAUUGUUCUUGAUCCUACAACCGGAAAAUUGAAAUAUAGAUCUCCACAUGAAAAGGUACCGACGAAGCAGCAACCAGGCCGUCCCGGCCCUUUGAAAAUAUAUACAGACGGAAGUUCUUUGAGGAACGGCGCUAUGGGGGCCAAGGCGGGUAUUGGAGUAUAUUUCGGUCCUGGGGACGAGAGCAGAAACGUGUCCGAGCCACUGAAAGGUAGCCGACAAACAAACCAACGGGCAGAAUUGACAGCAAUCAUACGCGCACUUGACAUCGCGCCACGACAUCGCGAUGUAACCAUUUUCACGGACAGCAAGUAUGCCAUCAACUGCGUAACGGUAUGGUUUGUAAACUGGCAGCGCAACAAAUGGAUGACGGCGCAGGACAAACCGGUCGAGAACAAGGACCUAAUCCAAUCCAUCCUGAUGAAAAUCGAAGAGCGGACGGUGAUGAAUGUCAAGACGUUGUUUGAGUGGGUUCGGGGGCAUAGUCGCGAUCCAGGCAAUGAGGCAGCCGACCGGCUGGCAGUGAAUGGAGCAAAGAAUGCCCCGCUGGCAUCGAAUAACAUGACGACUCCCGAACCUGGAGAUGACGAUGGCGGGAUAAGCGGUGGUGAUGAUUAUGAUGAUGCCAUCGAUGAGGGCGAGCAGCGGACUGGGUUUGGGAUCGGGGAAUGCUGA